AGUCUGAUCAUCUGAACAUAUUAUAUAUAAAUAAUACAAUAUAUAUUGUUUAAUAUUUUCAUUAUACACAUCUCACUUUACAAAAUAUAAAAAUGUAAAUAAACAUAAAGUCAAAGUUAGUAGAAUAAUAUUACUUACAGAACCUUAGCAUAAAUAACUAAAGACAGUUAUUCAAAUCGGUCUCUUAAUUAGAUACAUGAAAAUACGCAUAAAAAUCUCAAAUGUUUUUUAUUAAUACUAACCCUCAUUUUAUGUAUUUAUUUUUUUACUUUUCUUAUAAAUAACAUUCAACAACAGGAAGGCUACUUCACGUAAAGGCGUUGCUUUUCUCCAAUCCUUAGGCAAGAACGAACCAAUCGGGUGAGCGCAGGUUGGUCAGAUUUACUCUGCACUCGGUCUCUGCAGACGCCCAACGGUGUAAUUCCAGAUUAUAUCGAUAAUUCCCAGGACACAGUGAAGCGCUGGCUGCGUCACUGAAGUAUCUCUGACGGUGACUGACCCUGCGGUGGAGCUCAGAAAAACAUGGGGGAAGCAUUUUGCUACUUUUAAUCUGUUUUUGAUGCGUGCGUCGACAUGUUGGUUUCCCCAAGAUUAUCGACAAUUAAACGACACUUAAUUGGAUUUAACAGGUGCACAGAAGAAUAAUGAGAAACGGCGGGAAGGUUUCAGAGUUUUGUUGGAUUUCAUUCCAUCUCACUAAAACAGAGCUGAAGUUUUGACUUCUGCUAUUAAACAUGGAUUCUUACGGGUCCUCCCUCAACCGCAGCCAGUCUCUGGCGAGUGGCCUGGAGAAGUUGUCGCCGGUGUGGAACAGAACGGCUCACUCUCGCAGCAGUAGCACGGUGUCAUCUCGUCACUCCAGACAACAAGACUGGGAGGUGAUUGAUGACCCUCAUGCAGAAAUGCAGACAGUUGGUGAGUGUCCUCAGGAUGUGAUGGUACCAGGUAACUGUGAAGGUUACCUCCUCAAAAGGAGGAAGUGGCCUCUGAAAGGCUGGCACAAGAGAUUCUUUGUGUUAGAAGCUGGGAUAUUGCGCUAUUCUAAAAAUCAGCAUGAUGUUUUCAUAGGACGAGUCCAGGGAUCUCUAGAUGUUAGCCUGGCUGUAAUGUCGAUAAAUAAAAAAUCAAACCGCAUUGACUUGGAUGCAGGGGACAUCCUCUACCAUAUGAAGGCAAAGAGUCAUGAACUUUUCUACAUCUGGGUCACAAAGUUACAAGCCCACCGCUUGUUCAGGAAGAACAAUGUUGUGAAUGUCCACAGUGGAUUCAUCCAGUGUCUCAGUGGAAAGCAGAGAAAUGGAAUUAUGGCCACUCAGACUUCUGCAGGGGUGAAGGAAGUGACUGGAGCAUCAGCAGUGCUGCCCUCAGCUAACACCGCUCUGAACUGUAAGGUUUCUGCUUGGCUGCAGCAGAGUCAUGGUUCAGACACGUGUGUUCAAGAGUUGAACAAAUGCCAUCUGAACCUGUCUGAAUUAACCAGCUUAAUCCAGAGGCUGCAGGCGCUGGAAGUCGGACCAGCGUUAAUAAAUGGAGACCUGCAGCGAAUCAUCAGCAUACAGAAUCUGUCACUUGAGAAACCAAAGAAGCCAAAACUGGGAAAGGUGUGGGGCCACUCUCGCACACUGUCCACAGUUGAGGCGCUGGGAAUGCUUUCCUCCAGUCACCUCAGCAGCUCGGCACACCUAGGAGCAUCAGUGCCCUCUAUUCCUGACUACAUCUAUUCUCAGCUGUCUCCUCCCAACGCCCCAUCAGCUGAGAGUAAGAAAAUCCAGGAGGAUAUCUGCUCCACCUCAUUAAAAGUGCUUGCAUCCCUGAAGUCAGUUCACGAGGCUCUCUCUCAGGAGAGACAGAAACUACAGGAGGUCUUGGAAUCUAACAACACAUCUGCUGAGGUAAAAUCAAUUUUGCUCUUGUCAUCUGGAAUGUUUUGGAAUAUUUCCUUCUUCAUUUUCUUUCUCCCUCACCAGCCUGCCCUUCAUGGUCCUCCUUCGGUGGCAGACUCAGCUGCAGAGUACUUUGACGCCAGCGAUGAUCUCAUGUCUUCAGAGGUAUCUGAAGAAUCAGGUCUUAGCGAUGGGAGUACCACCAACUCUGAGCCAGAAGAAGGACAUGCAUCGGCCACCCGCAAGUACCGUGACAGCAUUUCCAAGACUCCAAACACUAUUGCUCCCAAAAACACGGGGCGUCGCACUACGCUUCCCGCUCACUGUCCUGACAACAGCCACGUUGGCCUCAUGGCCAUCUUAUAUAACAACAUAGGUAAAGACUUGGCCCGAGUUUCCAUGCCUGCUGCUCUGAACGAGCCUGUGAACCUCCUGCAGAGGUUGUGUGAGGAGCUGGAGUACAGUGAGCUGCUGGACACUGCCAGCAACACCCCAGACCCCUACCAGAGGAUGGUUUACAUUGCUGCCUUUGCUAUUUCCGGUUACUCCUCGGCAACGUUCCGAAACCGCUAUAAACCCUUCAACCCUAUUCUAGGGGAGACGUUCGAGUGCAUCAGGGAGGACAGAGGCUUCAAAUACAUCAGUGAGCAGGUCUGUCACCAUCCACCCAUCUCCGCUUGUCACGCAGAAUCUGAAAAAUUCUCUUUUUGGCAAGACCAGCGAUGGAAAAAUAAAUUCUGGGGGAAGUCAUUGGAGAUUCUUCCGACCGGAAUGGUGAACGUAGCUCUUCCAAGGUACGGUGACCACUACGAGUGGAACAAAGUAGUGACCUGCAUCCAUAACGUCCUUAGUCAGCAGCGCUACCUGGAGCAUUACGGAGAGGUCACCAUCCAAAAUCUUACAAAUAACGUCUGCACCUGCAAAAUCACCUUUGUCAAGUCCCGUUACUGGGGAUCGGACUCCAACAAAAAUGAGGUGCAGGGUGUGGUUCUGGACCAAAGUGGGAGCAUCAUUCACCAGUUUGGAGGCCUGUGGCAUGAGGGCAUCUUCUGUGACACUCUGCCAACUCCAAAAUGUGUCUGGAAGCCAAAUCCCCAGCCAAAAGAUUACUUGCUCUACUAUGGCUUUUCCACCUUUGCCAUUGAGCUGAACGAACUCCCUCCUGACCUGCAGCCUCUACUGCCUCCUACAGACAGUCGCCUGCGCCCAGAUCAAAGACUUUUGGAGGAGGGAAAAGUGGAAGAAGCAGACAAGAAAAAAGACAACAUUGAAGAGAUUCAGAGGGAGCGGAGGAAAGCGCUCUCUAAGAGAGGGCAAGAACAUGUGCCCCGUUUUUUUAGAAAAGCCAAAGAUUCCUGUGGACGAGAGGUGUGGAUAACAAACGACACCUACUGGAAUGUCAGGGAAAAUCCAGGUUUUGCCAACAUGGAAAACACAGUCCUGUGGUGAUGGGUUGACAGCUGUGAGCUGCUACUAACAAAUACAGUGGUUAAAAAAUAUAUACAGUAUAUUAACAGCACGUGUGAACCAUUUUGAGAAAAUGGAGAUGGUGCUGCUUAUGUUUUUUAGUUUAGUUUAGUUUUUUAUAGCCAUGACUGGUUCAUGGUUAUCUGUCACGCUGCACAGGAAAUGUUCUCAUCAAGUCAUCUGUUAAAAUGAAAAAACUGUUGUUAUAAGAUUAUUGUCACUUUUAUUCCUUUUUGCAACAUAUUUUUAGCUGAUAACUUUCCAAAAGAAAUGUACUCAAAUGUGGAAAUUGCAUUUUACAGCCAGCUCAGUGAAACACUUGGAACUUUAUUAUGUUAUAUGUAAACAUUCAGUACAAUCACAGCGAUAUGAGAUCAGAAGGAAUCCAAAGGAUUGUCAUACAUAAGCUUUAAUUUCAUGAAUAGAAAAACAACAGUACUUUACACAAUAAGCCAACUCUUUUCUUGUGUUCUCAAUAAAUAACAGUUCCAGCUUCAGAAACCUUCCCUUUUAUAAUAUUCUGAAUUGGGGAUUGAUCUGUAUAAGCUAUUAUCAAAGGAGUCAGUCCUUGCUCCCCUUUGACAUUAAACAGUGCACGUUGAAAACACACAAAAAAAAAACAUGCUUGUUUUGUGGCCUGCUGGGUGUCUCUGCUGCUUAUGUCACUUAUUAAUAUAUAAUGCAGCAAAUUCUCAGCAUCCACACUCAGACUUCUCCUCUCGAUAGUAACGUCGAGUUUAACAACUCAAAAGGAAAAAAGAAUUGUUGGAAUAUUAUAUUGAUUCAUUGCGGUUGCUGAAGUGUCCAGCAGGGGUCGUUUCUGAGUCGUGUCAAGGCUGCCCACCCUUUUCUGCUGUUUUGUGUAAUUUCUUGCACGCGGUGUGGGGUUAUCGUUAAUUAACACACAAAAAGACUCGUUAGAAGUCGUUAGAAGACUAAAUAAUUAAAAUACUUAUUUUCCCUUUCAAUUAAUUGCACUUUUAGAUUAGUUUUGUACUACACCAGUAAAGUACAUUUAGUAACAUUAUACGUCAAUGAUUGUACCAAACAGCUUUUUGUUUUUGUUGCCCAUGAUGUAAUUAUUAUUUUUUUACUGAGUGACAAAAUUCAGCCUUUAAUUGUGACAUUUCCAUGUUGGUUUUCACAAUAUCAGGAAGCCAUGAAAAUGAGCAAAAAUAUAUUUCUUAAAAAAAAGUGAAAAUUAACAAAGAGUAGUCAG